AUGUGCGACUAUAGUUUCAGUAUUCCCGAUGGCCUUGAUAUGCAAUCCGAGCGACAGCGAACUGAUUCUGAAAACCUGGUCAACCACCACCCGGCGGGGCCGGAACUAUUCACACGGCAAGAAUACACGGCAAGAAUGUGUCUGAGAGGCAUGGUCAUGAUCAUCAGCACAAAUUCCACCUCCAAAUCCUCCUCCAAGUCCUCCUCCCAAUCCUCCUCCAAGUCCUCCUCCAAAUCCUCCUCCAAGUCCUCCUCCAAAUCCUCCUCCAAGUCCUCCUCCAAAUCCUCCUCCAAGUCCUCCUCCAAAUCCUCCUCCAAGUCCUCCUCCAAAUCCUCCUCCAAGUCCUCCUCCAAAUCCUCCUCCAAGUCCUCCUCCAAAUCCUCCUCCAAGUCCUCCUCCAAAUCCUCCUCCAAGUCCUCCUCCAAAUCCUCCUCCAAGUCCUCCUCCAAAUCCUCCUCCAAGUCCUCCUCCAAAUCCUCCUCCAAGUCCUCCUCCAAAUCCUCCUCCAAGUCCUCCUCCAAGUCCUCCUCCGUAUACCCCCCCUAA